ACAAAUGGGCCUCUUAAGGUUCAUAAUUUCAUUGCUGAUAAGGAUGAUGGAGAUCUAAAGCAUUCGAUUCCAGAAGAUGAAAGAUGGCAAAUCAUAGGCAUCUGCUUGUGGCAGCAUAUAACUAAAUUUGUGAAACAUAAGCUUGCUUGCAUGUCAAUUGAACUUGAUGAUCGUCAUCUUUCUGAUAUUUUCCAUGAAAAACUUCAUUCUUCAGUAAUCAAUUGUCAAAAUUUUGAAGCUAACGAUGAGAGCAUAACAGAGCUGUCCAGGCUGUUGUCAUUGAUGUUGGCAAAGUUACUGAAAAGCACACUUGAACAUAUUUCCUUUCACCAUGUAAAACAGCUGGCAUUGCUCAUGGAGCAGAAAGUUGUUUGUGGGUUUCACGUUCCAACUCUUCCAUGGUUAGAAGAAUCUAGGCAGUCCCGGACCAGAGAUCUCAGUCAGCAUCUCAAUCAAGAUGUUGUCAGUGGUGAUGUAAUGAAUACAAAAGAUGAAUACUCAGUUUAUGAAGUAUUUGGGGAUAUAUUUGUUGAUCCUGGCUUAGUAACUGAAAGUUUCACACAAGAAAAUAUUAAUUGGUCAGAUUGUUUAAAUCAUAUACCCUCAAGAGGAUGGCAAGACAUGCACAAAGUCAUCAUAAGAGAGCAUGAUACGGACAAGCAAUACAAUCAUGAAGGUAAGCUUUCUAAUGGUUUGGGUGGUGCUGAGGUUGGAUCUCCUGCUAGGGAUUUACUUCGAAAUGGUCAUGCUUUUGUAACUUCUUGGCGGAAAGAUAAGAACAUUACAGCGGAGGUCACAACUUUUCAAAGCCCUAAAGAAAUACAUAAGAGAAACGGGGAGCUUUUGGAGGCUUUGUGUAUAAACUCUGUUCAUCAAUGGCAAGCUGCAAUUUCUAGCAAUAGAAAGGGCAUAAUUUUCUUUAAUUGGGAAAAUGAUAUUCCUUUCAGUGAUCAAUCAGAUUAUAUCUGGUCCAAUGCUGAUUGGCCACAGAAUGGGUGGGCUGGUUCUGAAUCCACACCACUUCCAACAUGUGUUUCACCUGGUGUUGGUCUUGGAAGUAGGAAAGGAGCACAUCUUGGGUUGGGUGGUGCAACAGUUGGUGUGGGUUCUCUUGCAAGACAAGAGAGAGACUCGGACAUUGGAGCUCUCAGGCUUCCAGGCUAUGCUGGUAUAGGUGCUUCUGGCUUGGGUUGGGGAAUCCAAGAGGAUACUGAGGAGUUUGUUGAUCCUCCUGCAACAGUAGAAACCAUAAGUACCAGAGCAUUCUCAAGUCAUCCCUCAAGGGCGUUCUUCUUGGUUGGUUCUAGCAAUACACACAUUUACUUAUGGGAGUUUGGAAAAGAUCAAGCUACUGCAACAUAUGGAGUGCUACCUGCUGCAAAUGUUCCUCCACCAUAUGCUCUUGCAUCAAUCUCAGCUCUGCAGUUUGACCACUAUGGGCACAGAUUUGCUACUGCCGCAUUAGAUGGAACAGUAUGUGCAUGGCAGCUGGAGGUCGGAGGAAGGAGCAAUAUUCGUCCAACAGAAUCAUCCCUCUGCUUUAAUAGCCAUGCAUCUGAUGUUACUUACAUUACUUCAAGUGGGUCAGUGAUUGCUGCAGCUGGAUAUAGCUCCAAUGGUGUUAAUGUGGUCAUAUGGGAUACACUGGCUCCACCUACGACAUCUCGAGCUUCCAUUUCUUGUCAUGAAGGUGGUGCUCGCUCCAUCUCUGUGUUUGAUAAUGACAUUGGCAGCGGUUCCAUUUCUCCCCUUAUUGUGACUGGGGGCAAAGGUGGUGACAUUGGGCUACAUGAUUUCCGGUACAUUGCCACUGGAAGGACUAAAAGGCACAGACAUUUUGAUAACGGUGAACCAAGCAUCAGCUCAUCUUCAAAUUCUGACAUGCAGACAGAGAUUGCUCACAGAUUUGGAGAUCAAAAUUCGAAUGGGAUGCUUUGGUAUUUACCAAAGGCUCAUCUAGGGAGUGUGACCAAAAUCUCUACCAUCCCAAACACCAGUUUGUUCUUGACGGGAAGCAAAGAUGGAGAUGUCAAACUUUGGGAUGCCAAGGCAGCUAAGUUAGUUUAUCAUUGGCCAAAGUUGCAUGAAAGGCACACAUUUUUGCAACCAAGUUCUAGGGGCUAUGGUGGAAUUGUCCGGGCUGCUGUUACAGACAUACAAGUUUAUUCACAUGGGUUUCUUACAUGUGGCGGAGAUGGCUGUGUGAAGCUGGUUCAGCUUAAAGACUGUCAUCUGGAGACAUGAAGCUAAAAGGAAUUUCUUCCGAGCACAGAAAGACACUCAAAUAGAGCAGCAUAGAACAUUUUGUAGUUUGAAACUAGUUGACAGCGAUAGCUAGUGCUGUUUUCAGAACUUGUAUGAUUCGGUCCUGUCACCUCAUAGCAUUCAGAAUGACUGGUAGAAACAGAAAAACGACUAGUUUGAAAAUUUUUGUCAUGGAAAGAACUGGUAAGCGCUGUUCUGAUACUUCUUGUCCCUGCACUGAAUAAAUUCUGCAGAAGCUAGAGCACUAGUCUUCUUCCAACUUUUCUGACUUUGGAUGACCAGAAUGCACGCUGUAGUCCACUCAUUUGUGCCAUCGUUUCUCGUAUUUAUUAUUAUCUGCUUUCAAAAGCUUUCCUUCGUUGUGAGUUGUGGUAGAGAGCUGAGUUCUUGUGUAACUUUUCCUAUGUGACUCUGAGUGUUGUAUAUAAAUGUGAAAAACAGAAAGGUUUCCAUACCAUAGUUAGCCCCCAGAUUUCUAGAUUCUGGUAUUGUUGAGAAUUAAAUGUAAAUUUUGUAGUCACAUCAAGAACAGUGAUUACAAUAGAGGUGAUGAACUAGGUUUUGUAAAUGGGAUGGUAUCUAUUUUCCUCC